UCUGGUGUGAGCUCCCACUCGAAGACCGGAGUGAAGGGCGAGUGAGGGUUGUGAGAUGAACCAACACAGGCGUUGUAAAUAAGGUGUAUUUUUUGUUUGGUUUAUUUAUUUAUUACGAACUUGGAGGAUGAUCGGGCUGGCGAAGAAGUUCUUCCGCGUGUUGCAACGCGUCUCCAAGUCGUCAAUAUCUCGACAGGACAGAUUGGACGUGUUGUUUGGGAUUUUCUUCACACACCUCACACUCAUAGUAUGGAGUGGCAUGUGCGGAUGCCUCGGCGACAGCUUCGUGCUCUACAACAGCAUCCUCCUUGUCAGCAUCAUAUGGAGUCUGCAGCACCAUGAGUCCGAGGAAGCCCCCUUCAUAGCCUUUUGUCUUGACACCCUUGCCAUCGUGUUUGACAUUGUCAAUAUGUCCUUGAAUUGGCCUGACGUUCAGACUGGAGGGGCCAUGCAAUUCGGAGCAGCCAUGGCCAUCAUGAACCUCCUGUUGCGACCUCUGUCUUGCUACCUCCUCUUCCGCAUCGUCCAGGACCGAGCUGAGCCAGAGGGUUCGCAGGGGCUGCCUUCGGGAUUCGACAGCCUCUUUGGUUCUCGCCGCAGCCCCUAUGAAGACAUAGACGAGUCCUCGCCACCGACGACUCCACGACCAGACCCGCGUUACCCCUCCACGUCAGGGACUCGGCCAUCCAAGAUCGUCACCACUUAGACUACCAGGGUGCUCCUUCAAGUCUGAAGUCUCACAUCCUUUCAAGCAUUUUUUUGUGGUCGAGUGUACAGCCGACAGCAAAAGCGGUGUCGUUUCGCCGGACUUGGCUCGGACAGAUCAUGCCCUUCUUGCCCUGAGAGGAGACCCUCGUUCAAACAACCAGGGCGUAGUUAGGAUGGUUCGAAUG